AUGUCUUAUAUUCAUUCAUUGGUUGAGAACGCGUGGGUAGAACACGUUAAAAGGGCUACAACACCACCUUUGAAACACUGGGAGUCUUCACUCCUAUCAUCACUUUUGCCUGGUCUACUAACUUACUCUAGUCUUCUUCUACAAAGAAAUAUGGCUGAUACUAUCACUCUUGCCCGUGAACGCCUUGCGGCCAAGUUUGGGGACGUCCGUACGGGCGGCAAGGGUACGGUACGCCGAAAACGCAAAGCCGCUCACAAGACAGCUACAACUGAUGACAAGAAAUUGGGUACAACUCUGAAAAAGCUUGGCGUAACUCCAAUUCCUGGUGUUGAGGAGGUGAACCUAUUCAAAGCCGAUGGACAGGUUAUCCACUUUCAGGCACCUAAGGUGCAAGCCUCGAUUGCAUCCAACACCUUUGCCGUGAGCGGUUUCAACCAGAUCAAGUCACUGCAGGAGCUGCUGCCGGGCAUUAUCAACCAAUUGGGUCCGGACAAUCUCGCUAACCUAAAGCAGAUUGCCGAGUCGUACACCGCUGCCCAAAAAGGCCGCCAAGGCCGCGUCGGCUGCUGCCGCUGA